AUGAGUAAAAUUCCAUAUGCUUCUGCUAUUGGAUCUAUCAUGUAUGCCAUGUUAUAUACCCGUCCAGAUGUCUCAUAUGCCUUAAGUAUGACGAGCAGGUACCAAGUAGAUCCCAGUGAAGGUCACUGGACCACAGUCAAGAAUAUCCUUAAGUACUUGAGAAGAGCUAAGGAUACGUUCCUAAUAUAUGGAGGUUUUAUGCUUUGCCUUAAUGGUGGUGCUGUGAGUUGGAAGAGUUCAAAGCAAAGUACAGUAGCCGAUUCUACAACAGAGGCUGAGUAUAUUGUAGCCAGUGAGGCAGCAAAAGAAGAGGUUUGGAUCAAUAAUUUCAUCACUAGACUAAGGGUUGUGCCUAGCAUAUCAGAUGCUAUAGAACUCCGAUGUGAUAACAAUGGAGCUAUUGUACAAGCUAAAGAACCGAGACCUCACCAGUGA